ACAUGUUUUGUCUGCUUCCUCCAAGAUCUCAUCCAAAGUUAUGGGUAGAGAGACAUAUCUCAUUCACUUCUCCUGAACAGAGCUCUUCACUCUUUUGCAAUCAUGUUGCCAAAGUUCGAUCCAACAAACUCAAAAGCGUGCCUGUCUAUUCUUGAGGAUGUGACAACCAACGCAAAGCAGGUUCAAGAUUCCGUGUUGGAAGCAAUACUUUCACGAAAUGCUCAAACCGAGUAUCUUAAAGGCUUCCUCAACGGUCAGCUCGAUAAGCAAAGCUUCAAGAACAACCUACCCGUUGUGACCUACGAAGAUUAUAGACCUUAUAUUGAUCGUAUUGCCAAUGGAGAGUCCUCUGAUCUCAUCUGUGAUCAACCCAUCAUUGUUCUUUUGGUCAGCUCAGGUACUUCAGGAGGAGUUCCGAAGUUGAUACCUAUGACAGCAGAGGAACUUGAACAGAGGAUGUUGUUUUCAUCUCUACAUAGACCUCUAAUCUCCAAGCAAAUAGAAGGGAUUAGUGAAGGAAAAUCUCUCAGCUUUUUCUUUGUUACCAGAGAAGGCAAGACAGCCUCUGGUUUGAUGGUCAGGACUAUGGUUACUUGUGUUAUAAAAAUGGCGGGCUCAGCCAACAAAGAUAUCUGGGAUCAAGUACAGAUAAGCCCACAUGGCAUUUAUACUUGUGACGACACUACCCAAAGCAUGUACUGCCAAUUGCUUUGUGGACUUCUACAACGAGAAAGUGUAUCUCGCCUUGGUGCACCAUUUGCUUCGUCCUUCCUCAAAGUAAUCAAGUUCUUGGAAGAUCACUGGAAGGAGUUAUGCUCCAACAUAAGGACAGGUCGUGUCAGCGACUGGAUCACGGACCCUCAAUGCCUUUCAGGGGUCGGUAAGUUCCUCACCGCUCCAAAUCCAGAACUAGCGAGCCUAAUCGAGCAAGAAUGUGGUAAAAAAUCAUGGGAGGCAAUAGUGAGGAGACUAUGGCCAAAUGCAAAAUGCAUUGAAGCCGUUGUUACCGGCUCCAUGGCACAGUAUAUACCGAUGAUGGACUUCUAUUGCUGUGGUCUUCCUUUAAUUUCAUCGUUCUAUGCCAGCUCUGAAUGUUUCCUAGGUCUUAAUUUAAAUACUCUGAGAAAGCCUAGUGAUGCGGCCUACACCAUUAUUCCUAGUAUGGCAUAUUUUGAGUUCAUAGAGGUCGAGAAAGACCAUCAAGAAACUAGUCACGAUCCCACAAAGAACAUUGUGGAUCUUGUUGAUGUUAAAGUUGGACAUGACUAUGAACCUGUUAUAACAACCUUUUCAGGUCUGUAUAGAUACCGUUUGGGUGAUGUUUUACGUGUGACUGGUUUCUACAACAACGCGCCAGAGUUUCAAGUCGCGGGAAGAAAAAAAGUUGUCCUGAGCAUCGACAUGGACAAGACCUACGAAGAAGAUCUCCUCAAAGCCGUAACAAACGCAAAACUCCUCCUCGAGCCACAUGACCUAAUGCUCAUUGACUUCACCAGCCGUGUGGAUUCCUCUUCAUUUCCAGGACACUACGUGCUCUACUGGGAACUAGGGAGCAAAGUUAAAGACGCGAAGCUUGAACCUGACGCUGAGGUUAUGGAGGAAUGCUGCUUCACCAUGGAGGAGUCUCUUGACUCCGUUUAUAGAAAAGGACGUAAGAAUGAUAAGAACAUUGGACCGCUUGAGAUUAAGGUUGUCAAGAGUGGUGCCUUUGAUGAGCUUAUGAACUUCUUUGUGGCUCGAGGCUCUUCUGUGAGUCAGUACAAGACGCCGAGAUCAGUGACGGAUGAAGAAGCGGUGAAGGUGUUGGAGGCGAGUGUGGUUUCCAAGUUUGUUAGUAGGAAGACUCCGUCUUGGGAGCUACAUGAGCUGCAUUCCAGUCGAUAAAACCGGUGUUACAACAUACGUGGUGGCAUUUGAGAGGAGGGGUAAUAAUAAAUAAAGAGAACACAGAACCUUGUAACGAAUAUGUAAUCGAGUGCAAUAAGUCCAUCACAUUCGUCAGAGUUAUGUUCUAUAAAUUGGACCCAAUUUGAUUUCAAUUCAAUUUCUGUUUUUUGAAUAA